AUGGUGCUCGUAAGACCUCACAGGCAUGGAAGUGAAGCGUCGAUUUCUAAAAUUUAUGAAAACUAUGAUGUUUCCAUUAGUCCGGAUGGAAAUAGGAUAGUUGUAUUAAACAUCACAUCUUGUCUAUUAAAAUUAUAUAAAGCGAAUGACCUGUCAAAAGUAUGUAAAGAAAUAAAUUAUGAUAGUAAGCUAAAACUAAACAGGAGUUUAACCGUGUCCAAUGAAUUUACUUUGGCAGAUGGAACUGCUGAAGUAUUAAUUGCCAUGUCUUGUUUUGACGAUAAUGAUAUGAAAUUAAAAGAUAACAAGAGAAGAACUCAUUCUAAUGAACUUUCUUCAGCUGAAGAAGCUGACGUCAAUGUGAAUGAUCAAGAUAAAUCAUCUACAUUCAUUUUUUCUACUGCGAGGCAAGUGAAAAUCGACUCUCCGAUUAAUGAUAUGGGAGGAAUAAUCAAAUUUUUGGAUACCAAAGAUGAUGACGAUAAAACCGAAGUAGUUCUUAUAAAUGCGCUCGGAAUUACUAAAGCAUUCUUAAAUCAUGUUGAAGGUGUGAACGAUAAAAAGAGCAGUAUUUUAAGCUUUAUUUGUCCUGCUAAACCAAUUGAGGAGUUUAAUUUUCCAAAAAAAUUUUCAAAGGAAAUUAUACGAUUAUCAGGCAAUGAGACGUGUACCUCUCUUAUCCAACGGAAUUUAGUAAAAGACCGUUUUGUUAUAGAAAGCUAUAAAGAUAAAGAAUAUAAUUAUUCGCCUGUAAUUGUGGUUUGGGGUCUAUUUAGUUGCUCUUAUAAUUGUGUUGAAAGAAUCACUGAUACAUCCUCAAUAUAUUCCUUUAAACACGAUUAUUAUCAAAGAUUAAUUGUUUCUGAUAACCUUAUAUUUAUCGAUAAUGAUGGGAACAUUUUUUCGACAAUAGAAAUAUCAGAAAUAAAUAAAUUGAUGAAUCCUGAAAAUAAUAAAACAAGAAAGAUUAUUUCACUUGACAAAUCUCGUGAAAUUGCCAAUACUUCUAAAUCAACCAAUACAGCCAAAUCUCUUCCCUUAUCGGUAGCAGAUAAUCAUUUAGUUUACCAUGUCUCUGGAAAUCGUUUAGACUUUGAGGAUCAAAAUGAUACAAUUAUCGUUAACGAUCCUGAACCUUGGGUACACAACACGUAUUACUAUCGAACCACGAUUUAUCUUGAUGCUGAGGGUGAAACUCAGUUAAUUAUUGGAGAAUCCACCGUUCAAGUAUGGCUUAAAAGAAAAGGAAUUUCUAAACCUAAAAGAAUUCUUGAGUAUAUUUGGACAAAUCCUUUUAAAGAAAUGCAUAGACAAAUGCAAAUUCUAUCUUUGGAAGUUGCUUAUAAGGAAUUCUCUUUGAUAUUAUACAUUCCUUCUGGAGAUUCACCUACUCAACCUGGACAACAAGUUACAAUUGAAUGGCCCGAUAAAGUUAAUGUUCCGGUAGACGCAUGCCAAUCAUUGAAAUUUCUUGAACAACUAAGGAAUAAACCUUCAGGCCCAAAGAAGCAACACAUUUUUGAAAACUUGGUUCAACAAACUGAAAAUAUUAUCAAGAAAUAUUUUGUUAAAAGAUGUGGAUUAUGGAGAAUGUUGGAUAUUCGUUAUGAUCUUAUGUCACAUCUUAUUCAGGGUAAUCGUGUUUCUAUUAUCAGAAGUAUUUUAUCUUUUAAAUCUGCAAAUGGCAAGAAUAAAAAUUUACAUAUUCCAAGACUUCAUUCCUGGGAUGGGAGAGUCAAAGAAACUGACCUUGAGAUCGCCAUCAAGCACACGAGGGGAGCUUACCGUAAAGAUACAGUUGUAGUAAAAUAUUUACUAGAUUAUUAUUCAGAUAAUGCCACAAAAACUUCAAAUUGGAUGUUUACAGUAACUAAAGCCAUUCCACUUCUUUAUGAAUAUAAAUUAGCAUAUUAUGUUAAGGAAUUAUUUCAAAAACCUUGUUUUGGCUCUAAUGAAGUUUACUUGGAAAGGUCAAAACUUGAUAUUAAAGACAUAAAUCGUAGUCAACAAAAGAAUAUCCAUGCUUUAAAUAUAAAUACAGGUCUUAUCAAGAGAAAUGAACAUUGUUUCUUAAAACAAAUGAUUUAUCGAGACAAACCUAGUAAGAAAACAAAGAAUUCUAAAAAUAUCAAAAAUAUCGAUCAAGUUUACAUGGUUCCGCUCCCAGAUUUUACUGUAUAUCCUGACGGGAUACAUGAUGAACGAAAAUACUGGGGUUUACCGAUUGCAUCCUUAAAAUACUUGUUUUGGCCGCGUAGUCAUGUAAUAAAACAAGAAGAAAAACUAAGUCCAUUUUUGAGAAUGAUAAGGUAUGAUUAUACUACGGAAAUUUAUGAUAAUCCGUCGAUGGCCGCAGUAAUUGAUUACAAAUGGAGCAAAGCAAAAAAAUAUUUCACCAUGCAAGCAUUGACUCGUCUUGUAUUUGGAGCAUCGUAUGCAAUUUUAUCGAAUUCAAUUCAUGGACUUGGUGAAAUUGAUAGAUCCAAUACUUUUUUCGUCUUUGUGGCUGUAUUUUAUUGGUUAGGAUUUUAUUUAUUGAACACUGAACGAGUUCAAUUACAAUAUGAAGGAUGGAGAAGAUAUUUUAGUGUUUACAAUUUUUUUGAUUUGUUCUCAAUUUUAUUGCCAUACGCAGCAGCUACGUUACAAGUUUAUUAUUAUUCAAAAGAAGAAGUCGAUAUUAUUGGUGAUUAUUUUAAUAUGGAUGGCAAAUUUUUCACAAUUUUUAAUUCAUUUACGGUUUUAACAAUGUGGAUUGAAGCUUUCUUGUUAUUGCGAUACCUUGAAAAAACCGGGGCUUACAUAUACAUUGUCAUGAACAUCGUAAAACAAAUAACAUCUUUCUUGAUAUUUAUAUUGUUGGUCGUCCUCGGAUUUGGUCAUACUAUCAAUACAGAUCGAAUCAGCGUUAUACCUGACGGUUCCAAUUUCAAAAUCUAUGAUAAUAAUAAAGAACCAACACCGGGUAUCCUUCUUGUUACAAUUUUGCAAAAUAUGUUAAUUGCAAUUAUGGCUGGUGUUUACGAACAGGCAAAAGAAAUUAGUAAAUCUGCAGUACUGAAAUACCGAGCAGAAUUGAUCGAAGAUUAUGAGACACUUAGUAAUCCGAUCGGAAAUAGAAAAGAAGAUCCUCGAUACAUUUAUUUCAUUGGAAAAUCCAAAUAUAUUAAAAAAUGGUUAGAAAAAUCCGAGAAAGAAAUAGAAAGAAAUAAGAUUUUCUUGGGCGAAAUAGAUGGUGGUAAUCCAUGGUCUUAUGAUGAUAGCGAUGAACAAGAACGUUUUCAAAAUUUUCAAAAUUCACAUCAUCAUUCUCAUAUAGUGUUGCAGUAUAUGGAACAAGAAUUUUCUGAAAGGUUGCGUUUUAUAGAAGAUAGUGUUAGACAAUUAUUACAAAAUCAACAAAAUCAACGAAAUGUUGAUAUUAAUUAA